UCGAGCUAUUCACGAAGCAUUCUGCGAACAUCUGGCUUUAUUACUGCGUGCGUCAACUGCGUACGUGUGUCAGUGAUUGUGGGCAGAUGCGCGCAUGCUCAUUGUCAGGGGGAGUGAGAGGAGCAUGAAUGGAGCAAAAUGGCGGAUCAUGUGCAGAGCCUAGCCCAGCUAGAGAUCCUGUGCAAGCAGCUAUAUGAGACCACAGACACCACCACACGUCUGCAGGCUGAGAAAGCCCUGGUGGAGUUUACCAACAGUCCUGACUGCCUGAGCAAAUGCCAGCUGUUGCUGGAGAGAGGAAGUUCCUCGUACUCGCAGUUGUUGGCUGCAACGUGUCUCUCCAAGUUGGUAUCCCGUACAAGCAACCCGCUUCCCCUGGAACAACGCAUUGACAUUCGAAAUUAUGUUCUUAAUUAUCUGGCAACCCGGCCAAAGCUUGCUGCCUUUGUGACACAAGCCUUGAUCCAACUCUACGCCAGAAUCACCAAGCUUGGCUGGUUCGACUGCCAAAAGGAAGAUUAUGUCUUCAGGAAUGUCAUAGUCGAUGUGACAAGAUUCUUGCAGCUCAACGUGUCGAACAUGGUACUGGCAUGCCAUGAUAGUGUUGAACACUGCAUUAUAGGAGUCACAAUUCUUUCCCAGUUAACCAAUGAGAUUAACCAAGCUGAUUCAACGCAUCCGCUUACAAAGCACAGGAAGAUUGCAUCAUCGUUUCGAGAUUCCUCCUUGUUUGACAUCUUCACACUUUCCUGCAACCUUCUCAAGCAGGCGUCUGGGAAGAACUUGAAUCUGAACGAUGAGAGCCAGCAUGGGCUGCUCAUGCAGCUCCUCAAACUGGCCCACAACUGCCUCAACUUCGACUUCAUCGGUACAUCCACUGAUGAGUCUUCAGACGAUCUGUGCACCGUCCAGAUCCCCACCAGCUGGAGAUCAGCCUUUUUGGAUUCCUCAACCUUGCAGCUGUUUUUUGAUCUGUAUCAUUCCAUCCCUCCUUCACUUUCUCCAUUGGUUUUGUCUUGUCUAGUCCAGAUAGCAUCUGUCCGGAGGUCUCUCUUCAACAACGCAGAAAGAGCCAAGUUCCUCUCCCAUUUAGUAGAUGGUGUAAAAAGAAUAUUGGAGAAUCCACAAAGUUUGUCAGACCCAAACAACUACCACGAGUUCUGCCGACUGCUGGCUCGACUCAAGAGCAACUAUCAGUUAGGCGAGCUGGUGAAAGUAGAAAACUACCCAGAGGUCAUCAGAUUGAUCGCUAACUUCACAGUAACCAGUCUGCAGCACUGGGAGUUUGCCCCCAACAGUGUGCACUAUCUGCUAAGUCUGUGGCAGCGCUUGGCGGCAUCUGUUCCCUACGUAAAGGCCACAGAGCCGCACAUGUUGGAGACCUACACCCCUGAAGUGACCAAGGCCUACAUCACAUCUCGUCUGGAGUCGAUACACAUUAUUUUAAGGGAUGGUCUUGAAGACCCCUUGGAUGAUGCCGGCUUGGUGCAACAGCAGUUGGAUCAGCUGUCUACCAUCGGGCGAUGCGAGUAUGAAAAGACCUGUGCUCUGCUGGUCCAGCUCUUCGACCAGUCGGCCCAAUCGUACCAAGAGCUUCUGCAGUCCACCAACUCCAGCACGAUGGAUAUAGCGGUACAGGAAGGGCGUUUGACGUGGCUGGUUUACAUCAUUGGCGCCGUUAUCGGAGGAAGAGUUUCAUUCGCUAGCACAGAUGAACAAGAUGCCAUGGAUGGGGAGCUUGUUUGUCGAGUUUUGCAGUUAAUGAAUCUCACAGACUCUCGACUGGCCCAAGCGGGAAAUGAAAAGCUUGAGUUGGCCAUGCUAAGUUUCUUUGAACAGUUUCGCAAGAUCUACAUCGGUGACCAGGUGCAAAAAUCAUCAAAGUUAUAUCGGAGACUAUCAGAAGUUCUUGGGCUAAAUGAUGAAACCAUGGUACUUAGUGUCUUCAUUGGAAAAAUAAUCACCAACCUGAAGUACUGGGGGCAGUGUGAGCCAAUCACAUCCAAAACACUACAGCUUCUCAAUGACCUCUCAAUUGGUUACAGCAGUGUUAGAAAACUAGUAAAGCUCACUGCUGUACAGUUCAUGCUAAACAACCAUACAAGUGAGCACUUUUCUUUCCUGGGCGUGAACAAUCAGGCUAACCUCAGUGACAUGAGGUGUCGGACCACAUUUUACACAGCCCUGGGAAGACUUCUUAUGGUAGAUUUGGGGGAGGACGAGGACCAGUUUGAACAGUUCAUGCUUCCUCUCACUGCUGCAUUUGAAGCCGUCGCUCAGAUGUUUAGCACCAACACCUUCAAUGAACAAGAAGCGAAAAGGACUUUAGUGGGACUGGUGAGAGACCUGAGAGGAAUUGCUUUUGCCUUCAAUGCCAAGACCAGCUUUAUGAUGCUUUUUGAUUGGAUCUAUCCCUCCUACAUGCCGAUUUUACAGAGGGCAAUAGAGCUAUGGUACCAUGUACCAGCCUGCACCACACCUGUCCUCAAACUCAUGGCUGAACUCGUCCACAACAGGUCACAGAGAUUACAAUUUGAUGUGUCCUCGCCGAAUGGGAUCCUGCUGUUCAGAGAGACUAGCAAGAUGAUAACAACAUAUGGAAAUCGGAUCCUGACGCUGGGUGAGGUGCCAAAAGAUCAGGUAUACGCGCUGAAACUAAAGGGAAUCUCCAUCUGUUUCUCCAUGCUGAAAGCCGUCCUAAGCGGCAACUAUGUCAACUUCGGCGUCUUCCGGCUAUACGGUGACGACGCCCUGGACAACGCCUUGCAGACCUUCAUUAAGCUCCUCCUGUCCAUCCCUCACAGUGAUCUGCUGGACUAUCCAAAGCUCAGUCAGUCUUACUACUCUCUUCUGGAGGUGCUAACUCAAGACCAUAUGAACUUCAUCGCCAGCCUGGAGCCUCAUGUGGUCAUGUACAUCCUGUCCUCUAUUUCAGAGGGGCUCACAGCACUUGACACAAUGGUAUGCACUGGUUGCUGUUCCAGUCUGGACCACAUAGUCACCUACCUGUUUAAACAGCUUUCACGCAGCACCAAGAAGAGAGCGGCGCCCAUGGCCCAGGAGAGCGACCGCUUCCUCCACAUAAUGCAGCAGCACCCUGAGAUGAUCCAGCAGAUGCUGUCCACAGUGUUGAAUAUCAUCAUUUUUGAAGAUUGUAGGAAUCAGUGGUCCAUGUCAAGGCCGCUGCUUGGUUUGAUUCUACUCAAUGAGAAGUAUUUUGCAGAUCUGAGGAACAGCAUUGUCAACAGCCAGCCACCAGAAAAGCAACAAGCCAUGCACUUAUGCUUUGAAAAUCUUAUGGAGGGCAUAGAGAGAAACUUGCUGACAAAAAACAGAGACAGGUUUACACAAAAUCUUUCAGUAUUUAGAAGAGAAGUCAAUGACUCCAUGAAGAAUUCCACAUACGGGGUAAACAGCAACGAUAUGAUGAGCUGACAUUCCAUAGAGAACCGGGCUCCGCCCACGUGUCCCGGCCCCGCCCUGUACUCCCACCCACCCCUGGCCUGGAUGCCGGGGGACCACAGCUGCGCAAGCCUGCACCUCCCGCUCCCCAAUCCCUAAGAAAACCCCCACCAACCUCUCUCCCCUCACACCCCACCACCCCUUUUUAUAUUAUAUUAUAUAUAUAUAAAUAUACACAUAUAAAUAUAUACAUAUUUUAAAGCCAGUUUCUAGAGGUCAUUGCCUUGACCAUUAUCUUGUCAUUCGGGGCUCAAAGUCCAAAGAGAGAGGGUACUGCUGGGAAAUGGUAGGGAAUGGGUUUGGGGUGUGGGACGGCACUGGUGUGGAUUCUAAAGUGGGCGGCAGAAGUCCGAAACGCCCAUAGGGAUGAUGGGAAAACGGGCGUAGAAUGUAUGUGUGUGUGUGUGUGUGUUUGCGCGUGUGUGUGUAUUUUGAGUGCAUGUCCGUGGGAGGAAGGGUUAAGAUGGGCUGAUAUACAUAGCGCUCUGCUUUUGCCUGCCUUGUAUAGAAACACAUAAGGAAAAAGUGUACAUUUUUUUCAUAACAUUUUCAACAAUGUUUAUAAUGAAUACGAUUUAAAGAAAAAUAAUGAGUGUGAUUGAAUCUUUUUACAGUCUAGUAAGUUAGUGCAGCUGUGCUGAAGUGUGGGUUUGUAUGUAUGGAGAGAAAAAAAAUCGUUUAUAUCCGGGUAAUGUGGGAUUGUGGCGUGAGUGCUGGGGUUGACACCUGUCAGUGGAUUGGGGCGGGGUUAAAGGUUGAUCACUAGUUUUUCUUCAAAUUCAAUCUGUGGUCAAAAUUGGAGCACAGAGCAGUUUGUAAAUACUCUACAUUGCAGUGAAGUCUUCAAGAGGUUUACCACAUACCUCAUUCAUAUCCCGUGCACGACGCUUGGGUCAACCUUCCCCGUUUAGAGCCGCCGUGACAUCCUCCCGUCUUCAUCACCAAGGUUGCUCUUGGUGCUGGUCAUCGCUGACCUGGGAACAGCCCUAAAACUACAGAUUCAGAGCAUCACACUAAUUGAUUUUUCACCAUCCCCGUGUAUAAAUCAUUCCGAGAUCUCAUUUAAAGGACAAUACAUGCUAACUGGUUCCUCCCUGUUGUCUCUGAAGGAUUUGACCAUGUCUUUUGUGGAUUUGAUUAGAUAAAGUGACUUAUGGUUGUGGUGAAGUUGAGUUUUCGUCAACUCUUUUCCCUGCUUUUUAAUCUCACAGGCUUCCAGUCUCUCGUGGCUUUAAUGUUGAUCUGGCGUUCUUUGGUAGCGAAGCCUCUCUAGAAUGUAGCCGUGUCCUUAACUAAAGACCCUGGUGCUCGAGUCGUCGCGACAGGAGUGGAUCACUCUGGACUGUUGUCUUUCUUUAGCUUUAACUUCCCGUUUUUCAGUUCUCCCCAACCUCAAAAAAAAAUCCAGAUUUAUUUUUAAUAAAAGAAAAGCAUGACCAGAAGAUGUUAUCGGAAUGUGGUAGAAAUCGGACAGAAUAUAUUUGCAGCUUGUGCUACUCAACAGGUGUUGCUGCUAACUGUUUGUGAAGAACUAGCUCAUCUCUUAACCAUGUCCAACACUCAUGGAUGUUCAUUAAGUUCUGUUUUUUUUUCUUCUCUUGGUUCCCUGAUGUGAAUGUGUUUUUUGGCGACUGUGUGUUGGGUCCAUCGAGUGAUAAGGUAGCUGGUUGAAUUUGUUUGUUUGGAUGUCUGCUACAUAUAGUGUAAGCAUUGUGACUGCAAAAUAAACAUCAUUGGUUUGUA